AUGGAGCAGAACAACAAGAUGGUGAACCAAGAAGCUUUCCUUAGGAAAAGGAUCAAAGAAGUGAGCGAGCAGGUGAAAAAGCUGAGGAAAGAGAAUCGCGAGAAGGAGUUAACCCAACUCAUGUACUCAUAUUUGUCGGGUAAGGCUAAUCUCGUUGGCUUAUCUGUUACAGAUUUAAAUGAUCUCGUUUGUAUCAUUGACAAGAAUUUGGAAGAAAUUAAUAAGAGGAUAGAGACUAUUGCUGCAAAGAAUAAUAGCACCAACUCGAUGACUCAAAUGGUGGUUGCGGCUAAGACUGAGGCUUCUGCAACGAACGAGAAUUUCAAUGAUGAAGUUGUGAAAGCUGAUGCCGUUAUUGACAAUAAUACUAAAAACUAA